AGGGCCCAGCCUGUGUUCAAGGCCAGGGGAGGGAGGAUGGCGUCCCUCAGGGCAGAAGGUCCUGGGGAUCACCUAGAGCAUUGAGCCAGGAACCUGUGGAAGCCUUGGGAUGAGGACGCCUGGAGGUGGUGACACCUACAGCCCUCUCCUGGAGUCUGCGCUCUGGGAACCCUCUGGAGCCGGUCACCUCCCAGCCCCGGGCGGCGGCGAGGCCAGGCUGCGGGCCGAAGACUCCAGACACACCAGCGCCCCGCGACCCCCUGCACCCACGGGCACCAUGAGCGGCCGAGUCGGGGACCUGAGCCCCCAGCAGCAGGAGGCGCUGGCCAGGUUCCAGGACCACCUCCAGGACCUGCUGCCCACCCUGCCCAAUGCUGACGAAUACUUCCUCCUGCGCUGGCUCCGAGCUUGGAACUUUGACCUGCAGAAAUCUGAGGACAUGCUCCGGAAGCACAUAGAAUUCCGGAAGCAACAGGACCUGGACAACAUCCUCACGUGGCAGCCCCCAGAGGUGAUCCAGCUGUACGACUCUGGUGGUCUGAGCGGCUAUGACCCUGAAGGGUGCCCCGUGUGGUUCGACCUCAUUGGGACCCUUGACCCCAAGGGUCUUCUCCUGUCAGCCUCCAGGGAAGAGCUGAUCCGGAAGCGCAUCAAGAUCUGUGAGCUGCUUUUGCGGGAGUGUGAGCUGCAGAGUCAAAAGCUGGGCAGGAAGAUCGAGAUGGUAUUGAUGGUGUUUGACUUGGAGGGGUUCGGCCUGAAACACCUGUGGAAGCCAGCUGUAGAGAUCUACCAGCAGUUUUUUGCCAUCCUGGAAGCAAAUUAUCCUGAGACGCUGAAGAAUUUAAUUGUCAUUCGAGCCCCCAAGCUCUUCCCUGUGGCCUUCAACUUGGUCAAGAUGUUCAUGAGUGAGGAAACACAAAGGAAGAUAGUGAUUCUGGGAGGCAACUGGAAGCAGGAGCUGCCAAAGUUCAUCAGCCCUGAGCAGCUGCCCAUGGAGUUUGGGGGGACCAUGACUGAUCCUGAUGGCAACCCCAAGUGCCUGACCAAGAUCAACUAUGGGGGUGAGGUGCCCAAGAGCUACUACCUGCGCAACCAGGUGAGGAUCCAGUAUGAGCACAAGAUGACGGUGGCCCGAGGCUCCUUCGUGCAGCUGGAGAACGAAAUCCUGUUCCCGGGCUGUGUGCUCAGGUGGCAGUUCGCAUCACAUGGGGCAGACAUCGGCUUCGGGGUUUUCCUGAAGACCAAGACGGUUGAGCGGAAGCGGGCGGGGGAGAUGGUGGAGGUGCUCCCCAUCCGGCGCUACAAAGCCCACCUGGUACCUGAGGACGGGAGCCUCGCCUGCCUCAAGCCCGGCGUCUACGUACUGCGCUUCGACAACACCUACAGCCUGAUACACACCAAGAAGGUCAGCUACACUGUGGAGGUGCUGCUCUCAGACAAGGCCUCUGAAGAGAAGAUUCAGGGUCUUGAGGCGAGGAGACCGUCCCCAGCGCAAUGAAGACCCCUGAUACCUCUCAGUCCCUGUGCUCUUCAACCCCUUAGUACCCGCUCCCUGUCCCUUUCCCUCCUGAGCAGCAUGGUGUUUGGAGGAGCCACCCCCCUCCCCGCAUCACCAUCUCAGCUCUUCGUGGGCUCACCUGGCAUGGUGGCAGAGCAGGAAGGGGACAUCCAGCUCAUAGGCCACCUUGAGGAUUCAGACAGGCACCUGAUCCUCUGUUUGCAGAGACUGAGAAUGGGGACGCUGAGGAUGAACCAGGAGCCACUGAGGGAGGGUCCUGUCCACAGAAGCUGCCCUUAUGUCACUCCUGAUGAGGUCCACCAGUCUCAGGACUCACCCACACCUAGCGACCCGGCUUGGGGGCAUGUGCAUGAGUCCCAGGCCAGGCAGGGAGCACAGCAUCAAGUCUGAAGAGCAGGGAAGCCCCCAUCUCUGCAUGUGGGGGCUCGACACGGAUAGACAAGGCCAGCUGGAGGCAGCUGGGUGGAGGGAUGGGGCCAGCCGGGUGGUGGAGCUGAGGGUCUUGGUUCUGGCAGGGCACCAAAGCCUCUUCAGAGUCUCCUUACUGCCUUUGGAGGGAAGAUCAGAAAUGGAGCAUGAGGCCCAGCAGGGAUAACCAUCAGGAAAAGCCACACGCAGCCACACAGAGCUAAAUGGGUGAAGACUGAGUCUCUCGGAAUUCUCAGUGACCCCCGCCUCCUCCUCACCUGCUGUGAUCCAGCUGAUAUUCAGCUUGGGUUUUUCUGGCUCUGAAUAAGGACCAGGAUCGUAGCAGAGCUGGAGUGAGGUGGAACAUGCUGGAAUAAGGUAGAACGCACCUGGGUGGGGCUGCCAUCCCAGGGUGCUCAUCCUAGACUCUGAUUUACUUCUUGGAGAAACAUCAAGCUUUUCCUCCAUCUUUGUGUGUCACUAGAGGGACAGCUAAUGUCUGCCAGCUCCCCACCAACCCACCCCAAAUGCGACUCCGUAGCUGGCCAGUGAUGGCUUCCAUUUCCCAAAGGCUGGCUCUCCUGGUGCCCCACGCCCACAGUCAGGACCGCAGUCCGCUCUCCUGGACAAACCACACGCAGCAGAGCAGACCUUGCCCGGGAUAAGCCAGUGAAGCUGCUGAGUGGUCAGAUGUCCCUGUCAAAGGGGAUCCUUGCUGCAAAGGAUUAACAUCCUGGCCAUCGAGACCCUUGCCAGAGACUGGAAGCUUCAGCAAACAGCAACAUCCAGGUGCUUUGUGAAUAAGAAGCCAGUUCUAGCCCCCUUCUUGCUCUCAGAUUCUGUGAUUUCAUUUUCACUAUUUAAUAGAUUUCCUGAUUUCCCAGGGCCUGUUCUCCCAGGUAAGAAAAUGAUGAGGCUUGUGAAGGUGGGUCUUCAGGUGAGCUCUGUGAGGUCCUUGGGGCCCCAGGCCCGCCCUCUGUGGCAGCCGCAUCACCCAUGGUUCAGCACAUAGUCUGAACAGGGGCUCUGCUGCUGUGAAAAGCAAACUAACUAAAGGAAAUAAAAUACGAAAAGCUGGUGCACUGA